GUCCCUCCUGCCCCACAGCCCUCUCGGCCGCGCCCCGCAAGCCGCCGCCGACCCGCCGCCGCCGGGCGGAGCUCCCGGCCCGGAGCACGUGACGGCUCCCGCAGUCCCGCCACCGCCGCCAUGGCCGCCCGGCUCGUCCCCGCCGCCAAGCUUAUUAUCAAAGGAAGCCUGGCUGGAGCUGCUGUAUAUGUGGCAUAUGAUCAGGGGCUGCUGGGCAGUGGCACACAAGGUGCUGAAGCACUCAAAAAAGCUCAGGCAGCACUGCCUCCAGCUAUCCAGGAGUGGACAAGUUACCUAGGCUGGGAGCUCCCACCCACUCCAAAAUUUGACUUUUCCCCCUCUGAUUCCUGGAAUAAAGGAGUGCAGUCAGUCAUGUCUGCCUUGUCUGUAGCUCCGGACAGGGCCUGUGAAUACACGGUGGAAGGCUGGAAGUAUGUGAAGGAUCUUGUCAAAUGAACACGUUCUCCAGGGUUCAUGAUUGUCCUGUGUUGUCUUUGAGAGGAUGCACAGUCCGUUGCUGUGGAGGGCAGCUCAGCCAUGUAAGGGCUACAAUAAAAGACUUUGGAACUUCAA